AACCGGCUAAUUGAAUUCAUCGUCAUAGGGGCUAUAUUGGAAUAGAACGGCCUUAGAUGACCAGAAAAUAAUGCGGUGACGCCCUACACCGCAGACUGUGAAGAAAAUAAUUGAAACCACUGUAAUAUAGUGGUGGAAUUGGGAAAUAUGGAGGGACACCGGUGACUUCCUACAGCACGCCGUUGGGAUACAAUUACUCCCUCGACUGGAUCACCCACACACAAAACGGACCCGAAACCUUUCUGCUGAGCCAGCAUUUUCAGGUGAGGAAAACUCAUACCCGAAGGUGAAACAAAGAAGACUCGUACCCGAGGGUGCAGCAGGGAAGACUUGUACCCUAGGGUAAAGCAAGAAAGACUCGUACUCGAGGUUGAAGCAAAGGAAACUUGCACCCAAGGGUGAAGCAAGGAAGACUUGUACCCGAGGGUGAAGCAAGAAAGACUUAAACCCGAGGGUGAAGUACGGAAGAAGAAUCAUUCCUACUGAUACAAGGAGGACGUCCUAUAGCUGCGGAACCACAAGGAAUCCGGGUGCUGCACGAAGACAGCAGCUAGAAAUUAGUUGUUUGUCAGCUAGAAUAGCGGAGGGCAGGGCGAGGAAGGUAGCCAUGAGGUCUUCAAUGGCUGUGCCAAGACGUAAGAUACCUCAGGCCUCAGCGGGGGUGUUGAGGAAGUACCGCCGCUUGCGUCGCCGUCGCUCACUGCAGCAGGAGUACAAGAAACUUAGGUCUCUCCUCCCAGGGGCAACCAGAGCACCCCAACUACGUCGAAAGGUGGGCGUUGUGGACGCCGCCUACCAGUACAUCUGCGAACUUCAGUCAGCGCUCCUGGCGAAAUUCUCCACCAAAGGUGUCCCGGCCGAUCUUGCAGGUGUUGUGGGUGGUAAAGUAGCAACGGCCUCUGACGUGCAGGCUCUGGCCCUCCACGUCAUCCACAGUGCCAAAAUGGCACCACCCUUCAUGACCACACCCACACCCCGAACUCUAGCCACACCUUACACACUCACGCCCACCUCCCGCUCCGUCGUCACGCCCACCUCCCGCUCUGUGGCCACACCCACCGCCCGCACAGUCCUGCCUCGACUGAACCCGCCCCGGGGGUUAGCGUCCAUGCAGCCGUUCCUCAAGGGUGCUCAGCGGACGAAGAUAUAACGUGUGUGGGUGUAGUAGUUGUACGUAUGUGUGUGUGAUUGCUGGUGAAGUCUUCCAUCUAUGUUCAAUGUAUUUUAGCCUGGGAAGCAUGUUAUAUAGCCGUGAUAAUGGUAAACGUCCACACGUCCAAGUACUCCUGAGUGUUAUUGAAAACAAAGGAUCCCGACAAAUUUUGUUAAUGUGUAUGAAACUAUAUGCUAGUGAGAAACACCUAGAAAAAUAAUGUUGAUGAUGUUACGAAGACAGCCACGUUGUGGAAGAAAGACAAAGAAGUAUCUUUUACACCGUAAAUGACAGUGCCUUGUCACUGUACUGUACAAAGUUAAGAUGUCCCCUGGUGUCAGGUGUGCUUAGGUGAUGAAGAAGAUAUUAAGUGAUGAAGAAGAUAUUAAGUUGUAAUGAAGGAUGCAAAAAAGAUACAUGUAGAUGUCACGAAGAUAUAGAAGCUAUGUAGAGACAUUGGAGAUGGUUACACAGGGUGAGUGGUGUGUAUCCACUGGUGGUAACAGUGCCAGGUGGCUUGAGGCGCCCAGCUGGCAGUCUUGUACCAGUUUAUCACACCUACACACACACACACACACACACACACACACACACACACUGCGGGACCAAGAGCUGUGACUCGACUCCUCCAACUACAUAUAGGCGAGUAAACACACACACACACACCACUGAGGGGCCAGGAGCUGUGAAUCGACCCCUACAACCACGUAGGAGUACACACACACAGGUGUGGUAGGCAGGUAUGGGUCAAGCCAGUCUUCGUGUUAUCAAAACUAGUUUAUAGUGUUGAGGUACUAGAGCUUUAAUGGAUAGCGAUCUAGCAUAGCUGCUGGCUAGCAUAUAAAGGGGCCCCUGGGCCACCCCAAUCCCCAUCCUCUCUCCUUAUCUUUCAUCUUCCACACCAUCACCGGCUAUGACCGCGGCAUUGUUUACUUGUGACGUCAAUGCUCUCUUCACCAGUCAGCUCAAGAUUAUGACCUGUGACGUCACAUGUCGCGCGUACCAAUACGAUCCAAGCAGAAUCCCUCGAGGACCAAUAGGAAUAACCUCUAAAACAAGAUUUUUUGAAAAACUUUUGAUAAGUAAGCUUAUUCAGGUAUACACAAAUACAGUUACAUAGAUUAUCAUACAUAGCAGCAUAUGUGUAGAGAACCUAGAAUAACCCAAAAGAAAUCAGUGACUUAUUUCCAUUGGGGUCCUAUUAUCGACAAUAAAAACCUGAUAUCAGUUGUCAGUAAAACUGAACAUGGAACAAAUGAAGACGGAGUACCUACUGAGUCAAAAUGCAGUCAUAGACAUGGAAAUGACUACGAAAAUGUAGCUGAAGUAACGAUAUUAGUGAAUACAGGAGAUGCCGUUAUGAUAGCACUGACCAGUGCCAUAGCGCGACAGGAGAACCCACCAAUCGCAUCCCUUCACAAAGAGCGGCGACCAAUCACGUGGCUGCAGCAGCCAGUGUCGUUGCUUGUCCCUGCCGACUCGAACCUGCGAGACUAGAUACUUAGGUACUAGUCUAAUGGUGACUGGUGUGGAAGUUUGUUUCGAGUAAUACUGAACUAACAUAGUGCCGGAGCUGACUAAAACAUGAAGUAGAUUAUGUACGGUGUCUGUGAUAUUAGCAUAGUUUAGGUUUCAUUAUUAUAUUUAAUGUGUAGCAU